UUGAACUUUCGAAUUUUGUUAGUUACACGUAUUUUGUAUUUAAAUCUCGUUAUUAUCUAUUAGUGCCGAGUUAAAAACAUGUAAUUUUUAUAUUUGUAAAAAUAUAAGGAAGACUUCAUAAAUGGAUUCGCGUUUCCAUAAGUGUAGACUGUGCUUGAAGCUUGGUGAUUUCUGCUCAAUAUUUGAGCAAGAUGAUAAUAUUAAACUGUCCGAAAUGGUCAUGUCUUUUACUAAUAUUAGAAUUCUUGAGGGGGAUGGACUACCAGAUCGGGUUUGUUCUACAUGUAUAGAGAAUCUAAGUACUGCCUUUCUAUUUAAACAGCAGUGUGAAAGAAUAAAUGAGUUACUCAUCAAAUCACCAGAAGCACAAAUUGACCAGCCAGAUGGUGCUUCUGACUUCAAUGUACUCCUGAACAAAGACUUCCGCAUGCAUAGUGAAGUUUCUGUAGAGGGAGAAAACAAUCAGAACACUGUGAAAGAUAAGGAAGACUACACACAUACAGCUCCAUGUCAUGAAAUUAGUGAUGAAACUGACAGCGAUGCAGAUUCAAUAAAAUGUGUUUACUGCAGUAAGUCAUACAGCAACUUUGGAGGGCACAGAUGUCAUGUCACCUGCACCAUAGAGCAUAACCAACUGCAGCAGUCUAGCAGUAGUGAGACUUUGGUAGCUGCCGAUAUCACUCCAGAUUCCCAUAAUAUUUCAGAUUCUCAUUACAUGACACCACCUGAACUCCCUCCCCAACCAGUAUCCCCAUGUAGUGACCAGUCAUUCCAGGUCUCUUGUGUGCUCUGUGAUGAAAAGUAUGAUCAAUAUGACAAUUAUGUUACACAUCUAAAUGAGUGCACCAGCAAUGUCAAGUUACAUCAUUAUGUAUGUCCCGUCUGCCAUGAAAUCUACACUGACAAACUAGUUUACUUGGAACACCUAAAAACAAUUCAUUUCAAAUCAAGUGCUGAUUCUGAUCACUUUACUGAUCCUGGUGAGGAUUGUGUUGAUUUUGCUCCAAUGUUGGAGAAGACGAGAAGACCAAAGGUGGUACGCCGUCAGAUAGGUUGGUCUAUUGAAGAUAUUUACCAAGAAAUUGACUGCCACAAAGUAGAGGAGAAACAAACACCCACAUCCAGUCCGAUAAAGACUUUCUUUUCAAAAUUGGGGAAUGAGUCUUUUAGCAAACAGAGCACUCCUAAGAAAGUUAGUUUUCGCAAAUGGAUAGAGACUAGCAAGGCGAAGACAUCAAAUUAUUUACCAUUUAAGAAGUACAUUCAGAAUUACAAAUUGAAGAAAUGUGUUGAUUCAUACAGCCCCAUAAAGGGCAGGAUGCAGGUUACUGGACAGGUGCAGGCCAGUCUUCUGGAUCCCGUGUCAGAUAGUGAUUACCAUUCCCCUAGUGGUACAUCUGAAGAAUCAUGGAAACUGAAGCAAAACUUGAUUUGCGCUUGCGACAAGAAAGUUUUUAUGCUGUCUGAAUUUAUUCAUGACCGCGACAGGAUCGUGUCUAUGAUCACCGAGUUGGGAGGGGUGGUCGCAGAGAACACUAAAAUGGAAAUGUUGGCAACGCACUUCAUCUCUGUACUACCGAGUGACACAUUCACCGGCAUGAUGGUAUGCGCACUGGCAACCGGCAAAUGGUUGCUCCAUGUCAGCUACGUCUACGACAGUUUCAGAUGUAAGAAGUUUAUGCGGGAAAGCAUGUAUGAGUGGAUGAAACACCCAAAGAUACUGGAAAUAGACCACACGAGCGUGGAGGUCGCUAAGGCGGCUGUAUAUUGGCACUUGGAGUUACAAGCCCUCAACGCAAAGUUCCCGUUUGAAGGCAAACAGAUUGUACUCGUUAUGAAGAAGAAGUACCGGCAGUACUACCAGAUGAUAUUCAAGACGCUCAAAGCUAAACCUGUCACGUACGACCCGAGAACGCCAGGCAGUUGCUGCACGGCGGACUAUUGCUUCGUGGAUAUGAAAGUGAUAGAGCGGGUGAAGCUCCGUUUCUUCGCGCGACACAAGGUGCCGGUGUUCCCCUACCAGUACAUCCUGGUGUAUCUGAUCAAACGUGGCCGCGUCGACGAUGAACUCAAGUACGCACUACAAGACUGCAAGAUCCUCUCCAAGGAUACUGUGUACUACUUAAACAAUACAUAUUGAACUGAAAAUUAACAUGUUAACAAAUAUACAAUGAGUGGCCAACAAAGCCGGGGAAAGGGAGAAAUAAUUAAGUUCAUAGCACACGUCAAACCUAUUUGAUUCGGCCGGGUUAUUAUUUCAUUCGUUCAUUUAUUUUAAUAUUAGGGUGAAUCUCAAAAUUUCAAGUUUGGUGGCGAAAUUUCAUAUUAUAUUUUCGUGAAAAAUUGGGUUCCGAUAUGAAAAAGAUCCAAAAGGAUCCUCGGUUCCGACAUGAAAAAGGAAUUUUUCAAUUCCUAAUUUUCCCAAUUUCCCCAAUUUUUCACGAAAAAAUUAUAUGACAGUCGCCACCAAACUUGACACAUUUUGAGAUUCACCCAUAAACAGUUGUCAAUCAUCCGCCCCCUUUGAUUUUCGAUGGAUAAGAAAAUAACAUAAUUUAAAAUUAAGAGAUCUUCCAAAAACAUGUGAAAUCCUGGGAUAACUCAUCUCACAGAUUGUUUGAAUGUGUAACGUCAAAUGUUUUUUUCUAGUAAGAGAUUUUAGUGGGGGAAGAAGGAAGAUUAUUUUUUUACUUGCAGAAAGCAUUUAUUAGAUUGUUAAAAAUUAAUAGGCAGCUAUAUAUAGUAGCGUAUAUUAUAUCUUACUUAGUAUAUUGUCAUGUUUUUUUAUGAGUUUUAUACACAUUUAUGUUAAUAAUUAUAGUACUUUAUAAUGACAGGCUAUGAGCCAAUAGAAUAUUCCUAUAAAGUUAAUUUUAUAAAAUCAUGGUUUUAUUAGAGCGUAGCUUAGCACAACAAUUUUGAAGUUUGGCAGAAAAGAGAAGAAACGAAAGGUGUUUCGUCAAAACAAUUAUUCGAAAU